CUCCGCGCUCUGCUCUCCCGCUCUAUUGGACCGCUUCAAUGUGCGCAGCCCCGCUGAAAUGAACGCCCACGCGCUUUAAAUCACACCGCCUUACAUGCAGAAAGACUUUUGAGUUUAGAACUCCGACACAAUAAACCGUAAACUCUUUGAUUUCGGCUUUUAUUUUCUAUUUUCAUGAAGUUUUAGUUAAUGUCACAUUCAAGGUGUUCCAAUCACAUGUCAGUCUUUUUAGUGAUGCUGCUUUUGAUUUUAGUGGCACUUGGUGGAAUGACGGUUUUGUCUGGAGCGAUCGCGGUUGAAGUUAAAGUCUCCGGAGAGGACGUGGCGCUGACCUGCAGAAUACAAGCUAACAAGGACCUCCCGCUAUCCUUCUCGUAUGUCAGCUGGUACCGACAGGAGCCAGACGGAGGCACCCACUACCUGACAGCUGUUAGCGCGUAUUAUCUCAGUUACAACAGAUACUCCGGUACAAUCAAUUUACAAGAGGGGAUAUACAGUUUAAACAUUUCCGACGUUCAGAGAGCGGACUCCGGCAUGUACUUCUGCAUCGUGAGAGCAGCACUUAAUUUUUUUCCUGGCACAAGUUCGAAAUUAAUCGUGACAGAUCCUGCAGUGAAGCCAAGAGUCCAGAUAAUGUCUCCACAUUGGGAUGACAAAGCUCCAGAUGAGGAAGAUCACUUACUUCUCAUUUGUCUGGUGACUGACGCCUUACCUUUAAAAGCCAAAUUAAUGUGGACAGUCUCUGGUCAAGAGCUUCAUAAUAGUACACUGGAUGGUCAUGAAGGGAUAAUAGCAGCAAAUGGUGGUUAUACAUUUGUAAGUCACUGCAAGAUUGACGCUUUUCAGUAUACAAAAGACAUCAGAUGUGCCUUACUUGAUACCACUGGUGCUUUAAUUGCAGAAACAGUCUACAGACAUAACCAAAAUCCAGAGUGUCUCCAGCAGAUGGCACUUUAUGGAUUACCAGGGGUUUUCCUUCUUUCACUGUUAAUUGUAGUAGUCACAUGUAUUUACAGGAGGAGGAAGAAAAGAGCCCGUGGGCCUACUACUACAGACUGUUACAAGCAGGAAAGUGCAAGACCGAGGAAGUGUCUGGAGAAUUCGACUGAAUAUGCAUCCCUAAAUGUAUGAAAACUACAAGACGUGCAUUCUGGGUUUAUGUGAUUGCUAUUUUAAGAGGAUAAUUCUGAAACAGAAUGAGGAACUCGCAUCAACAUUCAAGGCUCAAAGUGAUGAACCCUUUACAUUAUCUCUGGGAGAGCGGGCCAGCGUCAUUAAACACACUGUGCUUAGUAUAACCGAACAAAGACCCUCUUCCUAACAACACAAUGCGGUCAGGCAGUCAGUAUGGUAUUUAUGACAGACUUUGUAAAAGCCUAUCAGCUUUGCACAUCUGGAAACUGCCAUUUAUCCCCCCUUCUUCUUUGCAAAACUGUUCAAGCUCUAUCAGGUUGCAUGGGGAUUAGGAGAGAACGGCAUUUUCCAAGUCCAGCCACAAAUUCUGAAUUGGAUUGGAAGCCAAACUCUGACUUAGCCACUGCAGGAAAUUUAACGUUGUUGUUUUUAAGCCAUUUUGUGUAGAUUUGUUUUUAUGCCUGAGUCCUUAGCUUGCUGGAUGCUAAUCUUCUCCCAUUGCACAAGUUUUUUGUCGAUUGUAUCAGAUUUUACUUGAGGAUUUUCCUGAAUUUUGCUGCAUUCAUUUUACCCUCACAAGCCUCCCAGGGCCUGCUACAGAGAAGUAUCUCCACAGCAUGAUGCUGUGACCACCAUGCUUCACUGUGUAGAUAGUGUGCAUUUAAUAAUAUUCAUUUUGGCUUAUGACAAACAUGGUGUUUAGAAUGAUGGCCAAAAAAGCUCAGUUUUGUUCUCAGAUCAUGGAACCCUCUUCUAGCUGAAUUCAGAGUCUCCCAUUUGUCUUCUGACAAACUCUAGCCAAGAUGUAGUGCAUUUUUCUUCUCUUUGCCACGCUCCCAUUUAACUGUGACUGGCAGCAGCUAUAGCAUGCACAGCAUGUCCAGUUUUACUAUUAUAGCUUGUAACUCGUUCAGAGUUUUCAUAGGGCUGUUGGUGGCCUUCUACACUCAUUUUCUUCUUGCACGAUCACUCAGCUUUUGUGGACAGCUUUCUCUCAUUUACAACUGUGCCACACAUACUCUUUCUAUUUCUCAAUGAUUGCAUCAACUGGACUCCAUGGCAUACUCAGUACCUUGGGAAUGUUCUUGUUCUUUCCCCUGAAUUCUACUUAUCAGGUACCUUUUCAUGGAGUUGCUUGAAGUCUUAUUUUGUCCUCAUUGUGUAGGUUAGGCCUUGAUACAGACUCAACACAAGUUGGACCUUCCACAUUCAGAAGUUCACUUAUACCUAAAUCAACUCAAACCCCAAUAGCACAGACAGGUGGUCUCCAUUGACCUAAUUCUGCGACAUGUAAAACCAGUCAGCUGCACCGGUGAUGUCUUGGGUGUGUCACAUUAAAGGGGGUGAAUUCUAAGGUGAUCAAAUAUUUCGCGCUUUAUAUAUGUAAUUAUUUUAGACAACUUUACAAGGAUCUGUCUUCACAUUGACAUUAAAGAAUCUUUAUCUGUUGAUUAGUACCAAAAAAAAAUAAAAACAAAUUAAAUUCACUG